UAUGACUUCAAUUUCCAGCAGUUUAACCACUUAAAAAAAGAAAUAACUGUACUACCAGGUGACAGCUUGAUGCUGGAGUGCUACUACAAUACAAGCAACAGGAAUAAAAUUACAAUGGUUAGACAUAUGCUUCAUACAUUACUCAAAGUUUACUGCUAUCACAGGGAGGUAUAUAUAAGCAGUACAGAUGAGAUGUGUGUAGCAACAUUACUCUAUUAUUCUCGUGUAGAAAGAGCUGACUGUGAAAGUACACCAACCUUUGAUCAGUUUAAAAUCUUUGUAGAACAACAUGUUCCAUCUGAAUACAGGAAUCUGUUUGGUUCUUUAAGUGCCAAUUCUAGUCAAGAGAAAAUGGAGACAGCAAUGAACUUAUUAGACUGGACUCCUGAACAAAAAGAAUCAUACCAAAAAUUAAUUUACAAAAAUGGAAACAAUCAACCAGAUGCCUGCCACCUGAAACAGGAAAGACGAUUAUAAGUACAGUUUCUCAAGUAUGCUGUUCAUAUACAUCACCACAAUCCUGUAGCAAUGAAGAGCAAGUACUGCCAUGUUGUAAAAGAGAAUGUGCGCAAGAGGUUUCUAGAGGAAGUGCUGGUACAAGCAGUAGUGACACACAGAUCAUCAUUCUCAUCUUGCUAACUGCAAUCACUUUAUUCCUAUUGGUCUUGGUCACUAUAUUUUGGCCACAAAUUAGUCAUCAUUACCUAACUUGAUUAAUUAUUUUUGUCGCCU